AACGGACGCCAAAAGAUAUUCAAAUGCAGCCUAAUUUUCUUAGUUUUUAGAGAGAGAAAGUAGAGAGGGAAAGUUUUCUUUUUUUUCUUAUUUUUUUUUUUUGGGUGUUGCAGAGAGUUAAAGAGUUUGAAGUUGUCAAGUGUUUCUGAGUGUUAUAAUAAUUUGGUAGAGUUAGUAUAUAUAUAUAGGGAAUAGUACUACUCCUACUACUUCCUAAAACUCCAAUCAUUUUCCUCCUUUUUCAUUCUCAUAAUCUUAAAUUAUUUAAUUAUUUUAAUUUAAAAGUAAUAAUAAUAAUUAAAGGGAGUUUCUUUUACAGUUUCUUUGUCUUUCACUUCUAGUUUUCCGGCGACAGAGGAGGAAGUAGAAGAGUGGAAGAAAGAAAUUCCUCUGCUUCUACGAAACACUCUCCCUCUCUAUACCCUUUUUUCUUUUAUUUACAAUACCCAUUGGAAAUGAACUCUUUUUAAUUACUCUCUCUCUCUUUUCUCUCUCAUAUUUAUUAUUUUUCAUCAGAAAGUGAAACUUCAAUAUGGAGAAGCAUUCUGAGGAUUCUAUAUCUGGUCAAAUAAGAGGACCUUCUGAGAUUCCACCACUUAACUUUUCUAGAAACAUGGGAAGCAAAUUUUGGGGGGUGAUGCGUGGUAAAACUGAUGCAUAUCAUGCAACAAAUGAUGCCAGCUUGUUUUCUAGCUCAUUGCCUGUUCUUCCCCAUGAGAAGUUGAAUUUCACUGAUUUAGGAAAUGGUGGUAAAUCAAUUGAUGAUGGAUUGCCUAAUUUAAACAAAAUUGAGCGAGCAAAGUGGAGUAAUGAUCCUCUUGAAGAUAUAGAACCAAUUGAAAUUGGAAGCAUCCUUCCUGACGAUGAAGAUGAUCUUUUAGCUGGAUUGACUGAUGAUUUUGACCUUAGUGGGUUGCCUAAUCAGCUUGAGGAUAUGGAAGACUAUGAUCUUUUUGGCAGUGGAGGAGGAAUGGAGAUGGAUUUUGAAUCACAAGAUGGUCUAAGUAUAGGUAUAUCUAAGAUGAGCAUCAGUGAUGGGGUUUCUUCAAAUGGUAUUAAUCAUUAUCCACUUCCGAAUGGUGUGGGGACUGUGGCUGGGGAGCAUCCUUAUGGAGAGCAUCCAUCAAGAACCUUGUUUGUUCGAAAUAUUAAUAGUAAUGUUGAGGAUUCAGAAUUGAAAACCCUUUUUGAGCAAUAUGGAGAUAUCCGAACUUUGUACACCGCGUGCAAGCAUAGAGGUUUUGUGAUGAUAUCUUACUAUGAUAUCCGAGCUGCUCGUACAGCAAUGCGUGCGUUGCAGAACAAACCCUUGAGGCGUAGAAAACUUGACAUUCAUUUUUCAAUUCCCAAGGACAACCCAUCUGAAAAGGAUAUUAACCAAGGAACUCUUGUAGUAUUUAAUUUGGAUGCAUCAGUAUCAAAUGAUGAGCUUCGUCAAAUAUUUGGGGCUUAUGGGGAGGUCAAAGAGAUUAGAGAAACACCGCACAAGAGACACCACAAGUUCAUAGAAUUUUAUGAUGUUCGAGCUGCUGAUGCGGCUCUCAGAGCAUUAAAUAGGAGUGACAUAGCUGGGAAACGCAUAAAACUUGAACCAAGCCGCCCUGGUGGAGCUCGUCGAAACUUAAUGCAACAACUGACUCAAGAGCUUGAACAAGAUGAAGCUAGAAGUUUCCGACCUCAAGUUGGUUCACCAAUAGCCAGCUCUCCUCCAGGUAACUGGCAAUUCGGCAGUUCAGUAGAACAUAAUCCCAUGCAGGCUUUUAGUAAGUCUCCUGGUAUAGGAAGUCUCAGCCCUGUAGGUAGCAACCACUUGACUGGGUUAGCUUCAAUUCUCCCGCCUCACAUAUCUAACUCUCCAAAGAUUGCACCAAUUGGCAAGGACCAGGGAAGGUUUAACCAGACAAAUCAGAUAUAUAACAAUGGCGGGUCAUCUCAAGGAGCAGCCUAUCAGCAGUCACAUUCUUUUAGUGAUCAAAAACUGAGCACUAGCCCUGGUCCCAUUUCCUUUGGUGAAUCAAAAUCAAAUCCACCUGGUAUUGGAACAUUGUCAGGUCCUCAAUUUCUCUGGGGUAGUCCAACCCCUUAUUCUGAGCGUUCAAGUUCUUCUGCUUGGUCUAUAUCAUCUGGGAGUCGCCAGUUCUCGUCCAAUGGGCAGGCACAGGCACAGGGGUUUCCAUACACUAGCCGGCAUGGCUCUUUAAUUGGAUCAUCUCACCAUCACGUGGGAUCAGCUCCAUCUGGUGUUCCUUUCGAAAGGCACUUUGGCUUCUUCCCUGAGUCUCCAGAAUCAUCUUUCAUGAAUCCAGUUGGAUUUGGAGGUGUUGGUUUAAACCGUAAUAAUGGGAAUUAUAUGGUGAAUGUUGGUGGUCGUACAGCCUUGAGUGCUGGUGUUGGUCUUCCAGGAAAUAUUACUGAAACCGGUUCACCUAACUUCAGAUUGCUGUCUUUGCCAAAGCCUUCUUCAGUUUUCAUUGGGAAUGGUUCUUAUGUAGGAUCUCCAUCGAACAAUGGUGAGGGAUUAGUUGAACGAAGUCGGAGUCGGCGUGUUGAAAAUGGGAAUUUGGAUAACAAAAAGCAGUACCAGCUUGACUUAGACAAAAUUGUCAACGGGGAGGAUGCCAGGACUACUUUAAUGAUUAAAAACAUCCCCAACAAAUACACUUCAAAGAUGUUGCUGGCUGCUAUUGAUGAAUUUCACAGGGGCACUUAUGACUUCUUAUACUUACCAAUUGAUUUCAAGAAUAAGUGCAAUGUGGGUUAUGCGUUCAUCAAUAUGGUGUCUCCUGCUCACAUUAUACCCUUCUAUAAGGCAUUUAAUGGGAAGAAAUGGGAGAAGUUUAAUAGCGAGAAAGUUGCUUCAUUGGCAUAUGCACGAAUCCAGGGUAAGGCUGCCCUUGUAACACACUUCCAAAAUUCAAGUCUAAUGAAUGAAGACAAGCGAUGUCGCCCAAUUGUCUUCCACUCGGAAGGUCAAGAGACUGGUGAUCAGGAACCUUUUAUUUCAAGCAAUUUGAACAUAUGCAUUCGACAGCCAGAUGGGUCUUAUAUAGGAGAUCCACUUGACAGCCCAAGGGGAAGUCUGGAUGAGAAAAUAGAGAAUUAACAGUGUUGGUGAUCCUAUUCUCAGCCCUUGAGAAAUAGGUAUUAUAAGGGGUGAUGCUAACUGUUUCAUAGGUAUCUAAGUGUAUAUUCUAGAAGAGAAGCCGAGGAAUUUGGUGUCUUUUGCUCGUUCGUUUCGUGGUGGUGUCCGCUUUUAAGUUAUGGAUUAUCACAGCACUCUUGGAAAAUAUCACAGGGAAAAGAAGCAGAGAGCGUUUUGUUUUUAUGUAGAGUAACAAUUUGAUAUUCAACCAAGGGAGAAGAAUAAGGUGAAAGUCUAUGGCCGAACUGUGAAGUCUCUGUGCAGCCUUAUGGAUUAGUCGCCGGUUUGUGCAGACAUCUCCCUUGGAGGUUUUUCAUUUUCUCCUUUUUUUUAUCUGCUUUUGGUCAUAUGGAUCUUUUUAAAAUCCAGUUGCAAAUAUGUUUUUACUUGUUAAUAUUUAGAGGGGUCGGUCGAGUUUUAGGGGCUUUCAACAAUUUGUAUAAAGGGGGAAAAACUGAACCAUCUUGUUGAUGUUUUAGUUGUGUGUUGUAGAGAAACUUGUGAAUUGGACGAUAUAAAAGCCUUGUACAGAUGUUUUACUA